AUGGCAGAAACCGCGAAUCCUAUUGAUAACGGAGAACCGAGUGAAGAAAUAAUUACAAUUGUGAGACCAAAACAUCCAAGAGGUGUACCACAAAGCCAAUCUCAAUUUCCACGUGGACGCUCUAAUUUCUCAUCGGGAACAUUGCCAAAUCGAAGAUUGGAAAGCACUCCCGUAAAUACUCUGGCUACGGGACAUUCUAAUAAGAUGCUUCUAACAACGUUCAAAAUGGAUCGAACUGCUUCGAGGCCAAGAAUGGAUUCUGAAUUCCCUGACAAUCCUGGACCGUCUACAUCUACAGCAGUACCACCACCUGCUCCAAGUCACAUAAAUAAUUUCUCAUGCCCUGUCAAUAGAGGUUACCUGCACGACUACCAGUUACAUCCCCAGAGACCAUCUAACCCUCGAAAUAUCGACUAUACAUCUUUGAAGCGACAUUCGUUGCCAUCGACCCACAUUCUGUAUGAGAAGACGAAACACAGAGGAGGACCUAACGUCGAAGAACAAGAGAAGGUCGUCAGAAUGUUGCGUGCAGUCGCCGAGGAAUCCGAAGCCAUUGCUAAACCAAAAAUGACUUUUCGAAAACAACCCGUUGAGCUGAGUUUUGAUGCCAAAAUUAUUGGAUCUAUGAAUAAUGACGCUUUUGGAUAUUGUCGAGUUCAUAUGGAGACUAUGAAGGAGUUUUUCUCAGCAAAGCUGAAAGAGUCAAAUGUCGGUGAGGUGAACUGGAUCAAGACUGGAAUGAUGCCACGAGCUGCUUAUGAAGAGAAAGCAUAUGUGAUUGAAGGUCAUAUAAUUUUGACGCCGAAUGAUGAAGUGGAGGAUAAAGCUGAACUUUUCUCCGAAUUCGUGACUAAAUUUAGCUCAAAAAUUACUGGAAUGCUUCAAGAUCAAUGCUUCCUAGAAGUACCCAAAAUGCAAAAACUGUUCACCAAAAUAACCCCUCAACAUGUAGAUAUUAACGUCUCGGGAAUGGCUAUUGGAAAUUGUGUGAAUCCUGGAAUGUUCCUGGUGCGAGGAGACUUUAUCAGCCAGGAAAAUACAGUUUGUAGUGUAAAACUUCAAACUCAACACAAUCAAGAUGUGUCUCGUGAGAAUAGCUCAUUCAAAGUUGCUGGAACUAACAAAUAUAUCUCAUUUGCUCGUUUCGAACAUGACAAACGAGUCGCCAUGCUGUAUUUUGGAGUCCGACUCAGCGAGUUUGCUGAUGACGGUCUAGAUCACGCCGGUUUUCGUCUCAAUCUGUAUUACAACAAUUUCGUUCGAAUCGUUGUGGAUAUGUCUCAGGAAAAUAUGAACAGCGUAUAUAUUCAACUGAAAAAUCCGCCGCAUUUGUGGGAAGGAAUUCCGAAAAGCACCAUAUUCCAUCCAUCAAAAUCAAAAGUUUUGAAUUUGGAAACUUGCACAGAAUGGGUUCGAGUUCUAACCUGGCCAGGAGACGCAGAGCAACGUGGAAUCGGGUGCACCCCAGACGCCUUCUCACAGAGUACAUGGAUUAGGAUAACAUUCAGAAAAGAUGACGGAAUCGAUUCAGUGCCUUCAGAGCAUUUAAUUAGUGUUAUAACCAGACUCGCUGCGAGAAGUAAUGCUCGAGUAACAUUUGGAUCUAUCUUCUCAGUCCGCAGAAAACUUGCACCGUCUCCUGCUCUUGCUUCUCUUGGAUCUUUCCGAGCCAACUAUGCUCUUCAAGCACUGAUAACACGUGGAAGUGUCUUCAUGGAUCAGUUGUUCGAUUGCGCUGACAAGAAUAUUCAUGUUCCGGAUGAUGACCAAGAAGAGAAGAGGCCAAUGGAACUUGAGCAUGAGCCACUUUUCCUGAAGUUGGUUAGAAGAGGAAUGAGAGAAUGUCCACAAGCUGUUGAAGAAACACUCGAACAACUUCUAAAUGCUUUUGAUGAACGGAGAAGUUUGGAUGUACUUUUUGCGUUUUCGACAAUGUACAAAGCGAGAAAAGUUCAAUACGAACGGCUUCUGAGUGGUGAAAGUCUUCAGGAUGUUGGUCUCGCUAAACCUCUUCCAAAGAAUUGUGUUUCUGUUGCGAAAGUUAUUGUUUCACCGUCAAGAGUGUUACUAAUGGCUCCAGAAGUUAUGAUGGUGAAUCGAAUCGUCAGAAGAUUCGGACCGGACUAUGCUCUUCGUUGUGUAUUCAGAGAUGAUAAUCUGGGCAGACUUGCUAUUCGAGAUUUCUCCGUUAACAACAUUGAUCAUAUGUCGAACGUCGUCACAGAAGCCAUCUACAACACUUUGAAAAGUGGCAUCAAAAUCGCAGAUCGUGUCUACAGUUUCUUGGGAUGGAGUAAUUCACAAAUGCGAGAUCAAGGAUGUUAUCUAUAUGCACCAAGAGUCGAUCCAAUAACUGGAGCAGUGACUGGAACUGUUGAGGACAUCAGAAUUUGGAUGGGGGAUUUCAGAGACGCAGUUAGUGUUCCAAAAAUGAUGAGUCGAAUGGGACAGUGCUUCACCCAAGCUCAGCCAACGGUCAAACUCCAACGACACCAUUGGAUAGUUGAACCAGAUAUGGAAGGAGGUCCAGACAAUAAGUUCUGCUUCUCCGAUGGUUGUGGACGAAUCUCAUAUAAACUUGCCGGUCACAUCUCAAAGAUUCUUGACCUCAAAGCCAUUCCAGCUUGCUUCCAAGUUCGAUUCAAAGGUUUCAAAGGGAUUCUGGUGAUCGAUCCGACUAUCGAUGACAUUAUGAACAUGCCGAAAGUAAUCUUCAGAAAAAGUCAGCAAAAGUUUGGUGAAGGAGGCGGAGAUUUACAAGACGAAUAUCUGGAAGUUGUUAAAUAUGCAAUGCCAUCUCCCGUCUGUUUGAAUAGGCCAUUUAUCACUAUUCUGGAUCAAGUAUCGGCGAAGCAAUCGACGGCAUCCCAUCGAAGAAUCACGAAACGAGUGCAUUAUUAUCUGGAAAGAGAGCUUUGUUCUCUAAGUAAUAUGCUCCUGAACGAAAAUCAAGCUGCAGAAGAACUUGUAAACCGAACAAAUCUCCCAAUCGACUGGAAUCUCGCUAGCAAACGUGCUGGUUUCCAACUCAGCACAGAUCCACUCGUCCGUUCCAUGCUAUUCGCCAUCUACCGUUACAACAUUAUUCAUCAUAUCUCGAAAGCCAAGAUCUUCUUGCCACCAAAUCUCGGGAGAUCCAUGUAUGGAGUUGUCGAUGAGACUGGACUUUUGCAGUACGGACAAGUGUUCAUUCAAUAUUCUCCGACUAUUCGACAAACUAGUGACAUUCCUAUUCUGAAGACUGGAAAAGUGUUGAUCACCAAGAAUCCGUGCCACGUUCCUGGAGAUGUUCGAGUAUUCGAAGCGGUUUGGCAGCCGGCUCUAGCUCAUUUGGUUGACGUUGUCGUGUUCCCUCGACAUGGUCCACGACCACAUCCAGAUGAAAUGGCUGGAUCUGAUUUGGAUGGAGACGAGUAUUCAAUCAUUUGGGAUCAAGACAUGCUUCUGGAUUAUAAUGAGACUGCAAUGGUUUUUCCAAGUAGUUCAUCACAAGAAGAGGACAAAGAGCCAACGACAGAUGACAUGGUUGAGUUCUUCCUACGGUAUCUCCAACAAGAUUCGAUUGGAAGAAUGAGUAAUGCACAUCUCGUCUAUGCUGAUUUGAAUGGGCUGUUCCAUGAAAAUUGCCAUUCGAUCGCUUUGAAGUGCGCCGUUGCUGUUGAUUUCCCGAAAAGUGGAGUGCCUGCAGAACCAUUGACCAGUCACGAACAAUGCGAUGUCACACCUGAUUAUAUGAUCUCUGGUGGAAAACCAAUGUACUACAGUGCCAGAUUAAAUGGGCAAUUGCAUCGGAAAGCAAGAAAAGUGGAAGAAGUUCUGGAAGAGUACGAAUCACGUGGGAGCAUUUUCGAAGGAGAAUACGACAAACUCAUCUGCCCUGAGAACGUGGAUGUGUUCUUUGGAAGUGAAUCAAAGCUGGUUCAAGUGAUGACUCUUCGAGAUGAGUAUAUCGAUCGAAUGCAGCAACUUCUCGAUGAAUACGGAAUUGAAGAUGAAGCAUCAGUCGUGUCAGGACAUGCAGCAUCUAUUAAACGAUUGGCUGGAAUGGAAAGAGACGACUACUCAUUCUACCAUACGGAUAAAGUUGUGGAAUUGAGAUAUGAGAAGUUGUAUUCCGUGUUUCGUGCAAAGUUCUUCGAAGAGUUUGGCGGUGAAGAAGCGAAUACAGUACAUGAUGGGAAGGAUACUCGUAUUGCAUGUACUCCUGCUAUGCAUGAGAAGAUCAGACAAUGGUAUUUCGUCGCCUACGUUCAGCCGAAGAAGAACAAGACUGGAAGAUAUAUUGGGCAGAGCUUAUCAUGGGUCGCAUGGGAUGUUUUGUGUAGUUUGAGACGACAAUUGAUGCUCGAGAAAAACGAUGCGAUUCCACGUGUGAAGUAUCCAAUCGCUGCUCGUCUUGAAGAAGAAAUGGAGAAGACCAUUGCAAGAAAUCAAGAAAAGUUUGAUGAAUUCGAAAAAAUGAUGGAAACGAGGAAAGAUACAUUAUUCAUAAGAAGAUACCAGCAUUUUUAUGGUAAACAAAUCGUUCGACUAUUAUUUAUUCUACACGGAUGGCUCGAACGAGAAAACGUCCUUCCAUCGAUUUCCCUUACCAUCUGGCAAAUUGGACGUCUUCUGAUUCGAUUCGGUCUGGGAGCUCUCCGAGGAAAUCCAACAAUCGACUUCGAGAAGAGCAUUUUGGCUCCGACGAUGGUAUUUCCGGAGUGGAUUUCAAAGAAUCCCGGAGACGACGAGGUGCCGAUUCUGAACCAGUUUGAUAUGGGAUCCAUGAUGAUUGAGUUUUUGAGAUACUUGGCAAGUCAAUCUUUCGCCCUUGCCGACUCUAUCAGUCUUCGAGUUUUCAAAGAUAGAACCAUUACCGAACCGUCACUUCUGAAGAGCUAUCAAUGGACUCCUCUCCAUCAUGUCGCAUACCGUACAUUCCAUUCCGUCGCAGUUUCCGGUCGUUUCGAUGCGCUUCAUUUGGACGAAGACGAGAUUGUUGAACAUGUUUCAGAGAGCAAGGAUCCAAUUCUUGUCAAUGAGACACUUUUCUCUUCAAAGAAUUAUAAAGAAAACUGUCCGAUUACCAGAAGUCGAAUUUUGCAAGCACUGAAGGAUUGGUCUGGAGUUCAAGAAAUCAUCCCUCGUGAAAUAACGGGUAGCCGAAAAACAGAUCUCGUCUACGUGACUACAGUUGGAACAGUUCUUGCCAGACAACGACUCGCUCGACUUCUUCUUCUCAGCGGAGAAACGAUUCGAGAUGCAAUUGCCAACGACGUCAUACCUCCAGAAGUUCGUGAUGAAUUUUUGUAA